GAGAGAGAGAGAGAGGGCGAGACUGGAGGAACGCAGCGCUGUUGUUGUGGUCAGUCAGUUAGUCAGUCCAGGAGCGCUGCUCGGGAGGAAAUGGAGGAGCUGAAGUGCACCAACUGACCAGCGAGGAGAAACGAAUACAUGUGGACGCGCUUAUUCGGAGCUGAUCGGGAUUAAAAGGAGCCGGGGGCCGCAUGGGUCCGGUGGUCAUGCCUCCAGGUAAGAAGGCCGAGGGUCCCAGCAGUGGCAGUGUGGCGCGGGGUCUCAGUCCACUCUACCAGGAUACUGAUGCAGCUGAUCUUUCGCUGGCGCUGUCGGCCUCUCUCAGCCGGGCCGAGGAUGAGGAGCUCACCAGCCUCAGCUGGCUGCACGAGAGCACCGACCUGCUGACCAGCCUUGGCCAGUCUGGCCUACGCAGCGUCAGCCCGGUCCAGGAUGCCAACGGAACCCACGAGCUCUCGCCCUCGUCCUCCCCGGAGCCCAGCGAGCCGCCCUUCCACCUGUCCACAGGGCCCAGCCGCAAACCACCCUACUCCUUUAGCUGCCUCAUAUUCAUGGCCAUUGAGGACGCCCCGUCGAAAAGACUGCCUGUUAAGGACAUCUACGGCUGGAUACUGGAGCACUUCCCCUAUUUCGCCAGUGCCCCGACUGGCUGGAAGAACUCAGUGAGACACAACCUGUCUCUCAAUAAAUGUUUCAAGAAGGUGGAUAAGGAUCGCAGUCAGAGCAUAGGAAAGGGUUCCCUCUGGUCUAUUGACCCUGACUACAGACACAAUCUGAUUCAGGCUCUGAAGAAGACUCCAUAUCAUCCAUAUUCCCCUCGGCUUCCAAAACCUUCUACCUCCCCAUCUGCUUCUCCUCAGCAAUACCACAGUCCUCCACUAUGGCCAGGAAGUCCACUCUACAGAAAAAAUGGAGGAGUGCUCUUACAAGUUCCACAGAGAGUGAUCCAGCACAGCUCACGCGUCGCCGCUCAGGGGCUCUUUCCAGUUAUCAGACCCCUUCCAUUGAGUCCUACAAGCAAGAGGACCACAGCCGUCAGAUCAGCCCUGGGUGACUUUCUGACGCGGGCUAAAAGCAGUCUACACAUGGACUCUUCUCCUCCAGCCAGCGACGAGCAUCAGGAGGAGCAGGACCACACAUACAGCAGCUCACAGGGGGAUGCAGUCUCCUCCUCCUCCUCCUCUUCCUCCUGCUCCAUAACUCAGGGCUCCCUCACUGAGGUCAAGCAGGAGCAGAAAGACUUUCCUCUGGACGCCACGUCUCCUCGCGCUUCCCAGCCGCCCCAGCUCCGCCGACCGCUGUGGACCAAAGGAGACACGCUGCCCCUGAAGAAGAGGCGCGCAGAAAACAUCCUGGUCAAAAAAGAGGAGGAGGAGGAAGAGGAGGAGGACGAGGAGAUGAAGGAGGCGGCGGGGUCUCUGCUCCACCUGGCCGGCGUCCGCACCGCCGUCAGCAAAAACGCUUUACUGCGCAGAGUUCAGAAGGAGCUGAAGGAGGAGCUGAAAGAGGAAGCCAGCGAUUAGCAAUGAGCAAAAAAAAAACGGCCCACAAAAAAGAAACAAAACGCAGAUCUAAAUACUUCUGUUCAGGAUAUCAGGUGAAUUCUGUAGUCAGUCGUUGCAAUAUUGAUGAAAUCACUGUUGUCCAUUUUGCUCAGUUUGAUUUGGCGGGCGGAAGAUAUGCUAUUCAUGCUCAUGUUGAUUUGUGUGAGUGUGAGCGUGUGAGGGAGAGAGUGUGUGAGUGUGUGAAGAGGGAUAAAAGCCAUAGUAAAUUUGGAUCAUUUGAGUGAAAAGUGUGUUUUUUUUCUGUUUGUUUUUUAAUUCAUCAAAUCUAAUGAACAAUUUAAGGCAAGACACUGCAUGCACUAUAACUUUAAGGCAGCAAGGGUGUUAUACAGUGUGGAAGGGUGGUACAAACAAAUGUAGGAUUAAUAAGUCAUGAAAGCAUAUUUUUGAGUUCAUAAGCUAAUCACGUUUCUAACUAAAUCUUUUAAAGUUGUACAAGCUGUUUUAAAUCAGUUUAAAUGUGCUGUAAGUUGACUCUUUUAAAUCAUAAAAAUAUAAUAUGUUUGCAGAUAUUUAGAAACAUGCUAGGUGAAUUUGAUUAUCUGAAAAACAAUGCUAAUGUCAGAUAUUCUGCUUUAAAAAUGUGCGUUACGUGCCGAAACAUCUGUCUUUGUUUUGGUCCCUUUAACUUGCCCAAUACCAGUUAGCCAAUUAUAUUUCAGCGCCCCGGGGUUAUUUCAUUCAUUCAGUCAGUCAGAAAGGCUCUCAAAGCAUGCGUCCGUGACCGAAAUGUGACCUCCAGUGGACAGUAGCAGUCUCUGAAAUGAGACGCAGAUUCAGAGUACCAUAUGAGGUGGUUUAUUAAUUAGCUAAUAAUAUAAAUAUUAUGAACGUAAACAUUAGGUGAGCAGGUUACAUCGUAACUCUGUGUCCUUACAACACGGUACGUGACAAGAGUGAUAAGCAAUUUGGCUGUUUGCACCAAAUGAAACACGACAGAAAUUUCAAUACAGCCGUUCAGAAGCACAGAAUAGUGCACUCACUGCACUCUUGCGAAAUGGUAAGGUUAUAAUCUAAUUAUUACAUAUUAAACCUCUUUAACAUUAUUAAAUAUACAUGCUGAAUCACUGAUAUUUGUUGGCUUGCUCUGAGUCACAGUUCUAAUGGUCAUUUGCAAAUUAUUUAUUUUAUUUUCAAGAUCUGAUGUGAACCAUCUGCUGCUGCUUUCAGUAGUAUGGCAAUAAAUGUCAUGUAAAAUGGCAUUCAAACUCGCACUAUUAGCAUUUAAAACUUAAUAAAGCAUAUGAGGUGUACCUGAGGUGAGAAUUUUAUCCUGUUGUUCACCUGUGGAAAAUAGAAGCCGUUUCUAAAAUAUAAAUUUCAGGUGUUGGAUGGGACAAAAACUCCUUUUAGCAUGGAAAAUAUACCUUCUAUAGUGUGCCGUUGCUUUUAGUUAGAAAAGGGCUCAAAUCAGCCUUUAGGCUUGAUAGUCAGACACAGUCAUAUCAAUCUGGCAACCUGCGCUUGUGUGGUCAGAGGAGGAAAAAUGUGAAAAGGUGUUUUGAACCAGGAGUGCAGUACCUAGUUCUACCACUGGGUGUCAAACUUACAGCACCUUUAAGCUAAAUCAACUCGUACGCUAAAUUUAAUUCAAAAUAAAUAUUUAAGGCCACCUGUAAUUUUAUAAAAUGCUGUAAAUUUGAUACUUUUAGGCUACAUUUUAAGUCUAAUGGAAAGAAACAUCCAACAUAGACUUUUAAGUGUUUAUUUUGCAGCACUUUAUCAGUUGUGUGUCCAUAUUUUUACACAUUUUUUAAAUUUUAUUUAAAGAAUGUUUAAAUAAAUGUUUAAAAUAAAUUCUUUAUACAUAAAUACAUAUAGUCCUAAAUACAUACUAUGUCUGAUUAUACGCAACAUUUUAUUACACAAUUAAAUAAAUAAAUGAAUAAAUCUCAACGUUUGCAGUAUUUUCUGAAUUAUAAACUGAUUAUAAUAGAUUCCACAUAUUCCCUCUGUUAAACCUUUAAUAAGACUUUAAUAUGUCUUAUUGUAGAAGCUUAUCUAAAUUAGUGCAUAGGUAAAAAAAAUGACAUAAGUUUUCAAAUCUUAAUGUAAUCGGUCAACUGGAAAAGUAUGGAGAUUAAUAUUGGUUCAUUAUUUACCCUAUUCACCUGCAGUGUCUUGCCUUAAAGGAUUUAAUUAAGUUGUAGCAGUCCUUCUAGUUCACAUCAGAAAGUGGAACGGAGAGAUUUUUAUAUGCUGCUCUCAAGUGUGCCAAAGAUGAAACCUGUUGAUGAAGGUGCAACUAAUUCAUGCACACUUAGUAAAGACCAAUAAUAGUUUUUCAAAAGUAGUGAUACCGAACAAUAUUACAAAAACCAUCAAAUGAAUAUGUGGGUCAAUGACAGGAUGCUCGUUUUUCUUGGUCCAGAUCUAUAGAUUUAUUGGAAAAUAGAUUAAAAACAAAAUUCUUCAAAUUUCUUUUUAAGUUUUAAAUCUCUUAAUGGAUAUUAAAUAUGCUCCUUUUACAACUCCGCUAGAGUUAUAGAGUUGAGUUUUACCUUUUUGAAUACAUUCAGCCGAUUUCCGGUUCUGGUGGGAGCACUUUUAGCUUAGCUUAGCAUAAAUCAUUGAAUCAGAUUAGACCAUUAGCAUGUCCUUGGAAAAAAGCUAUUUAAAAAAAGGGAUUUGAUGAUUUUCCUGUUUAAAGUUUGACCCUUCUGCUGUUAUAUUGGUACUAAGAUUGGUGGAAAAUAAAGUUACUAUUUUUGAGGUCAAUAUGCUAAUGGUCUAAUCUGAUUCAAUGAUUUAUGCUAAGCUAAGCUAUCAACUGAAUGGAUAAAAAAUGUUUCUUUAAGUCUACAAUGCGGUAAUAAAUACAGUAAUAAAUGCCCUCUUCAUUUUGUGUGUACAGAACAGACCUCAGCCUUUGACAUCAUGGCAGUUACAGCAAUAUUAUGUCAUCCUUUGAUAUUUGAUUUAUUAUUUAUUUAUUUUUAACUGAAGUUAUAUAGCGACCACAGUGGGUGCGUUUUUUUUGUUUUUUUUUUUAACUAAACUUCGCAAACACCAGUGUCAUGUUUUGUUUAACAGAGUAAACUCCUGACGUGAGUAGCUGAACAGCCAAUCAGAGUGUUCUUUCUCAACGAUGGCCGAUUCUACAUGCUGAAUCUUCAUUCAUUCAUUCAUUCAUUUUCUUUUUGGCUUAGUCCCUUUAUUAAUCUGGGGUCGCCACAGCGGAAUGAACCGGCAACUUAUCCAGCGUAUGUUUUAUGCAGCUGAUGCUGAAUCUUGCAAACAUUACUAUAUAAAUUAAGUCGAGCUGUCAAGUUUACCUAAUCUAUAUGUAUACAGGAGCUCCCAUGCGUUACUCCGAAGCAACGUGAGUUCCGUAAUAAUAUAACUUUUCUAAGUAACGAGUAAAGUAACGCAUUACUUUAAAUAAAUUAAGUAAUAAUAUUUGAGUUACUUUUUUAAAAAUGUAUUUAAAAAAUGUAAACAAUUCGCUUUUAAAAAACAAAUUGCUGAAUUAAAAUUAGAGUAAUCAGACAGAAACCAAGAUGGCAGAGACUUGCAUUUUUGUGCUGGAAGUAUUCUCAUUACUUUGAACACAUGGAGAAACAGUGAUUUUACUGAACUAAUAAGACGGAAGUACAAAAGUAGCUAACACAUUGCUUUCAACUUUCAUUAAUAUGUAAAUACGGCAUGAAUAAUGUCAGGAAGUUCUUAGAAGGUAACAUUAUUCUGUUUUUGUUUUUUAAUUCGUUGAUUUUUAGAGGUAAAUGGAGGUGUAGGUUAUACAGUGUGUCGUUAAAUGAAGAGCUCUUCUAUUUAAAUAAGAAAAAUACCAGGCCGGUUUGAAAAAGUAGAUCAUAACUAAUGUAAUUACUUUCCAUUAAAAAGUAAUUAAUGGCCCGUUUCCACUGAGUGCUACAGUACGGCACGGAUCACCUUUAUCAGGCUUGUGUUUCCACUGCCAAAAGGGUACCAAUAGGGUAUAUGCCGAAGCAUGCUAAUAGGACUUUUAAUUUGCCAGUGACCUGGGUUAAUCAUUUCCAGUGAAUUGUAUGCCACUGCAAAACACGUUUAAGGUCUGUUUUCUUUAAAAAUCAGCGAUCUCCACUGGCUGAGUGAUAUCCGAUAUAAAGUGGGUCUCAGAUUGUACAACAAGCACUGCAUUAAAUUUCCCCGCCAUGUGUUCAUAAUAUGAGCAUUUAUUUUACAAGAUAACGAGAAGGUUUCCUUAAUCUCGGGUCGACCAUGGCUCAUUAUUAUAUGUAGAUAUUAUUAUGGUGUAAUGUCUUGGCUGUGUAUUUAUAACAUGGUGCUUAUUCGUUUUCAUUCUCCUGGCUUGUGGACUAGCUAAUAGCGUUUCUAUGUAAACCAAUAGCGUUCAGCUGCGCGUCUUGCUACACCUUUGGCUACCCUUUUAUUGUGCUAGGUACCCUUUUGAAAGGGUACCCAAAAAGUGGUAUUGAACGGUUCGCUUUUUGGUAUCUUUUGAUAGUGGAAAUGGCCAUAAAAGCGUACCGAACUGCACCGUACCACUCAGUGGAAACGGGCCAUAAGUAACGCAAUUAGUUACUUUUUUGGGGAGUAACUCAUUGUUAAAAUACAUUACUUUUUAAAAGUAACACUGAUUAAAUGUUAUAUUUAGUGCAACUACUUAGUCUAAAACUGGAUAAAUGUUACUUUUCGGCAUAAAAGAAACACAAAAAGUACUUUUCCACUAUAGAUCUCUACCGUGGACGCUCGUGCACAUGUCAUUGACCCAUUUACAGUUCACGUCAGAAUUAUUAGUCCCCUGAAUUAUAAGCCCACCUGUUUAUUUUUUCCCCAAUUUCUGUUUAACGGAGAGAAGAUUUUUUCAGCACAUUUCUAAACAUAAUAGAUUUAAUAACUCAUCUCUAAUAACUGAUUUAUUUUAUCUGCCAUGAUGACAGUAAAUAAUGUUUGACUAGAUAUUUUUCAAGACACUUUAAAACAGCUUAAAGUGACAUUUAAAGGCUUAACUAGGAUAAUUAAGUUAACUAGGCAGAUUAGGGUGAUUAGGCAAGUUAUUGUAUAACAAUGGUUUGUUCUGUAGACUAUCGAAAAAAAAAUAAUUGCUUAAAGGGGCUGAUAAUGUUGACCCUAAAAUGGUUUUUAAAAAAUUAAAAACUGCUUUUAUUCUAGCCGAAAUAAAACAAAUAAGACUUUCUCCAGAAGAAAAAAUAUUAUCAGACAUACUGUGAAAAUUUCCUUGCUCUGUUAAACAUCAUUUGAGAAAUAUUUAAAAACAAAAACAGAAAUUCAAUGGGGGGCUAAAAACUCUGACUUCAACUGUAUGUACUAAAGCAGCAGAUGUUUGUAUAAAACGGCCUGUGUCCAGUGGAUGGUCAAAUGCAAUAUGCCAAUUCUCUCUUAAAUGCCUGCCGUUAAAACAUUUCUGAUGUUGGUCCUUAAUUUAAAGCACACUAAAAAAUGAAUCCUCAACGAAGCAAUGUGUCCGAAAUGCCUAUUGUGUUGCCAAAAUGUUGGUAUUUUUCAAAUAAAUCAUUUGUAUUUUGUUUUGUUUUUAAAUAUUCAUCACAAUCCAAGCAAUUUGUCCUGUCAGGAUAACACUGUAAAAAGUUAUUCCCACCGAAGGCAGAUUUUGCCUGUUUUUCUUUUCUUUCAGUUAUAUUUGCAUGGGUGCUUGUACAUAAGAAAGAAGUAUUUUCUUUUCUAAACGAAAGAUCAUGUAAGAUAGAUAUUUAGCAUGAGGCAUGGCUUAUUUUCUUACGAGAAAACAGAGAGAAGCGUCUCUUAAGGUUUCUUUCUUUACUCGUUUUUUUUUUAAACUGUAUCUCUCUUCUGCGGCAGACAACUCUUCCAAAGGAGGAGACUUCGUGAAAACCCAUUAAUGAUGAACUGAUCUGCCUUGUAUUGAAUAUCAGGUGAAACUGAUUUUGCCUUUUUUUUUGUGGUCCUCGGUUUGGUGGUCCUUUUAUUUCCAAUUCAUCGAUGUACGUGUUGAGCUGUUGUUAAUAAUCAGUGUUGGAUGAAUUCUCACUCUGUACACCCUUUAAGGUUGUGCCUGCCUUUUUUAGUUCAUGUGCUUGGAGGUCCGUUCUGUUUAUUUGUAAUGGUUCGAUACUCCGUCAUUUCCAGUGUGAAAAACUGCAGCUUUGAUAUCAUAAAUUGUACUGAAAUAGUUUGACAAGGAAUUAGAAUUGGCUUUGGGAUAACCCUUUAUCUGCUUGUUAAGUCUUGACGCGUUCAAAGCUGUUUCCAGGUCCAAACAUCGAUAUUGACCACUGUUGGGUUUAUCAUUAUCACAAAAGCUAGAGUUUUAAAGGGAUAUUCACUCAAAAAUGAACAUUUCCACACCAUUUAAGCAGUUCUAAGCUUUUUUGGUUUCUUUAUUCUUCUGUUGAACACAAAAUAAGAUGUUUUGUAGUAUGUUGGAGAAACACAGCUAUUGACAUCCAUAGUAGGAACAUUAACAAAAAUACUAUGAAAGUCCAUGUUUUUCCUCACCAACAUUCUUCAAUAUAUCUUGCUUUGUGUUCAACAGAAGAAAUUCAUUGAAGUUCAUAACCCCUUUGUGAGUAAAUGGUGAGGAAAUGUUCAAUUUUGGGUCAACUGUUUCUUAAAAAUCAGCAACGACAAUUUUAACCACAUAUAUCUGACCAUCUGAGACAGUGAUAUGAGGAUAAUGGUUAUACUGUUGUUUGUUUUUGCCAUGUUUAUUUCAUUCGCCCCACAACUAAAUACUUUCAAUACAGUCAUAAAUGAAGGUAUAGACCAUUUUGAAGAAUGUAAACAAAAGCAAUGGUCCC